AUGGCCAUUCUCGACACGCACAGUUUUGACGACCAAGCCGGAGGCUCUGGGCACAUAGCCUCUGGGGCCGCGGUCGACAAAGUGCCAGCGGUUGCUACAGCGGAUGUUGACGUUAAUCCUCACCCUAUUGAAAACGGAAUUGGGCAUGAGAACAACGUCAAGUCAUCAACAAGCACCCACGAGGCUCGCGUCGAAAAUCUUGGAGUUCGAGAUCCUCCGGUUAGCUAUCCUGUCGGGGUUCCAAAGAGCGACUUUGAACUUCAGGACCACGGAAUCGAUGAAAUCAGAAGCUUGAGAAUUGUAGUCAUUGGUGCUGGACUGUCAGGAGUGCUUGCCAGCAUACUUUUGCCUGUAAAGGUGCCCAAAAUCGACCUCGUUGUGUACGAGAAGAACGAAGAUGUGGGCGGAACUUGGCUGGAAAACAUCUAUCCUGGAGUUCGUUGCGAUAUACCGGCAAACGUAUACCAGUCAACAUUCAUGCCAAAUACCCAAUGGUCCGAGCAAUUCGCUCAAGGAUCCGAGAUCCUCGAAUAUUGGCAAAGUCGAGCUCGCGAGUACAAUGCGUACCGCUACAUACGUCUUCAUUCCGAGGUCCAGACUGUCAUCUGGGAUGACGCAUCCUCACAGUGGCAGGUAACGAUCCAAAAUACUAAGACGAAAGAGGUGUUUGUUGACAAGGCCGAUUUCGUCCUCACCGCAACCGGUCGCUUCAACACGUGGAAACUACCCGACUAUCCAGGCAUUGACGAAUACAAAGGUGUAUUGAGACACACUUCCAACUGGGACCCUACCUUUGACCCCACGGGAAAGAACGUGGCUGUGAUAGGUAAUGGCGCGAGCGGGAUCCAAGUAGUGCCCAACCUGCAACCCAAAGUCAAGCGUCUGGAUCACUACGCGCGGAACAAGACCUGGAUUGCUGGAUCGUGGGCCGGCGACGAGAGAACGUUUGAGCCACAACCGUACUCGGCUGAACAGUUGGCUUCGUUCAAAGAUCCCCAGGUAUACCUGGCAUUUAGGAAGGAACUGGAGGCCAAGUACUGGCGUCGGUUCGCGUCAACGUUCCGCGGGUCGAAGGAAAACGAAGGCAUGCGCGAACAAUUCGUUGAAAUCGUCAAGAGGCGCAUCGCGAAGAAACCCGAACUGCUGGAGAGGCUGAUUCCCGACUUCAACCCGAAUUGCAGACGCUUGACGCCGGGGCCGGGGUACCUCGAGGCCAUCACGCAAGACAACGUCGACUUCAUCCAGACGCCGAUCGAGAGAUUCACGGCGACGGGGAUCCAGACCGUGGACGGCAAGCACCGCGAGGUAGAUGCGAUAUUCUGCGCGACGGGAGCUAGUCUGGCGCCACAAUUCGACGUCGUCAGCAACGGCGUCAACCUUCGAGAUUUCUGGAGCGCCGAAGGACCGCACGGGUUCCCGUACACUUACCUGGGCCUGGCCACGCCUGGAUUUCCGAACCUCUUGUUCAUCGCCGGACCCCACGGCACGGGCCCGUCGGGCACCGUGCCACACAGCGUCGAGGUGCAGUUGACGUACUAUGCGAAGGUGCUACGCAAAGUCAGCAGCCAGGGCAUAGCGACAAUUGUGCCUUCACAGCAGGCGGCCGACGACUUUGUCGAAUACUCGGACGCCUUCUUCCGCAAGACGGUGCUCACCGACAACUGCAGCUCGUGGGCCAACGGCGGUCGACCGGGCGGGAGGAUCCACGGCAUAUGGCCCGGCAGCGCGGCACAUGUGACGACGGUCAGGAGAGAGCCGAGAUGGGAGGACUGGGAGUACACGUACCUCAACAACUCCAAGAACAGGUUUGCGUACUUCGGCAAUGGCUGGACAAGCCUCGAGGCCGAUCCCGAAUCCGACAUCACGUCCUAUCUGAGAGUGCCGGCGGAAAUCAAUCUGAAAGAUCUGCACGAGAAGUGGUGGGAUUUUCCUUAG